CGGGAGCGCGGCCGGGCCCGCCCCCGGGCGGUGCGGCCCCGCCGGCCCGGCCCCGCGCCCCGGACGCGGUUGUGGCGGCGGAAGGGGCGGGGCGGGGCGGCGGCGGGCCCGGCGCGAUGUUCCUGACGGCGGCGGCCCUGGCCAAGAGCAAAUCUAAAUACAUUCUGGUGAGGAUGAAAAGCGCUGCGGAGACAGGCUACUGCUUCAACAUCAGGAGACUCCGGCUGCAGGAAAAACUGGUCUUACUGAGAUAUGAUCCCAUUGCAAAACAACGUGUCCUCUUCACAGAGAAGAGAAAAAUCCGUUCUGUGUGAACAAUGACUGGACUUGAUUUAUACAUGAGAAGAGGAUGGUCUGGGGGGAGGAUGGGGUGAACACUGAUUCAGAAAUCCAGCAACACGGGCUGAAAAGAGAGGAAAUGAACUGGGAUCACCGUCUCCUGUGAUUUGAAGGCCAUUGUGAAUAAAACAAUGUAGAGAGAGAAAAUUCUUAAUGUCUGGACAUAGAUCAUCACAGUAACAUUUAUUUAUCUUUUGAGUUAUUUUUACAGUGCUCAAUUAAAAAAAAUUAAAUAGAAAA